AUGGCAACCAUUCCAGAAAGCAAUGUGGACGUUCUCAUCGUUGGAAGUGGGCCAGCUGGGCUGAUGAUGGCAACCUGGAUGGCCAAAUGUGGCAUCCACGCCCGAAUAAUUGACAAGCGAGGAACGAAGAUAUUCAACGGACAGGCGGAUGGCCUCCAAUGCCGUACCCUGGAGAUCCUCGACUCCUUCGGCAUUGGACAUAGAGCAUGGCGCGAAGCAAACCACAUGCUGGAGAUUUGCCUUUGGAACCCCGACGUAAAUGGAGUCAUCAGACGAAGCGACCGAAUCCCUGACACUAUACCGGGCAUCAGCCGCUUCCAGCAGGUUGUCUUGCACCAGGGUCGAAUCGAGAGAUUCUUCCUCGACGCGAUCACAGAGGCGAGUGGAAUUCGCGUUGAGAGGGGAGUGAUGCCGUCGAAGCUCGAGAUAGACGAAUCUCUUGUUGAAGAUGACGAUUCAUAUCCAAUCACUGUUACUCUAAGACACCUCACUGAAGAAGAAGCCACUCCAAGGCAGACUUCGACGUCUGUAAACGGCCAAAUGGUCCAGGAUGGGCUCUUUCGCAGCAACCUUGCCAACGACACACAAGAUCUGCUUGAGUUGUCAAAGCUUCAUGACAAGGCGAAUAGCGAGGAAGUUGUUCACGCAAAGUAUCUCAUCGGUGCAGAUGGAGCACACUCGUGGACGCGCAAUCAGCUUGGCCUAAAGCUCGAGGGGGAUUCGACUGACUAUAUCUGGGGCGUGCUGGAUAUUGUACCAAUUACCGACUUUCCAGACAUCAGAAUGAGAUGCGCUAUUCACUCUGCUAACAACGGAAGCGUCAUGGUUAUACCGAGGGAGAAUAAGCUCGUUCGACUUUACAUCCAGCUGACGACAACGGAAAAGACGGGAGACGGUUCGUCGAGAGCGGACAGAUCUAAGAUCAAUCCCCAAGUCAUUCUAGAGUCUGCGCAGAGGAUAAUGGCGCCGUACAACAUCACCUACCGGAAGCUGGACUGGUGGACGGCGUACCAGAUAGGCCAGCGUGUCGGUACGUCCUUUUCAGUGCAUGAGCGUGUGUUUCUCGCAGGCGAUGCAGUGCACACUCAUAGUCCCAAAGCAGGCCAGGGAAUGAAUGUGAGCAUGCAGGAUACAUUCAAUCUUGGCUGGAAGGUUGCCAGUGUUGUCAAGGGCCAUGCCAAGCGAUCUAUUCUCAAGACAUACCAGUCAGAGAGGCGUGGCAUUGCGCAGGAGCUCAUUGCGUUUGACCACAAAUUCUCCAGGCUCUUUUCGGGCCGGCCCGCCAAAGACGUCAUGGAUGCAGAGGGUAUAAGCAUGGAGGAGUUCAAAGCAGCAUUCUUGAAGGGUCAUAUGUUCGCCAGUGGCAUUGCUGUAAACUACGGAGCCAGUCUGCUUGUUGCAAAGAAAGGCAGCAACGAGGCGCAGGGGGAUGGCAGACAGGUAUCCGUCGCGAACUCUCCAGACAAGGUCACCUCUGAUGAGUCCCUAUGCGGUGACAUAACUGUUGGCAUGAGAAUUCAAAGUCACAAAGUCCUCAACCAAGCCGAUGCUCGACCCUGGCACCUUCAAGAACUCCUUCCCAGCAACGGCCGUUGGCGUGUUAUUGUUUUUGCUGGAAACGUCAACAACAGUGAGCAACGAGGCAAGCUGGAAGGGCUGGCCCAAGAUUUCGGCAACCAGAAUGCAUUCUUACGCGCCUCUACCCCCGCGAGUGCUAAGCAUGACGAAGUAUUUGAGCUUCUUCUCAUUCACAAUGCUCCUCGAACCAGUGUUACCAUCUUCGACUUCCCAGAGGUAUUCCGCCACUUUGACGAGAUUGAUGGCUGGGACUACAACAAGAUAUUUGUGGACGACGUUUCGUACCACGAAGGCUUCGGAAAUAUUUACGGGGCCUUGGGCAUUCCGCAUAGCGGAUGCAUUGUUAUUGUUCGACCAGAUCAGUACGUGUCUUAUGUUGGUCCAAUGGACGAUACUGCUGCAGUAAGCCGCUUCUUCGGAGGUUUUAUGACGCUUCAACAGCAACCAUCCCGGGUACAGACAGGUUUAAAGCUUAAAAACGCCCAAUGA